CUCAUAGCAGCCAGGGAUGGUGCUUCAUCGGGCCAUCCAGGCAGCUCGAGCAGGGGAUCUUGCAACCCUGAGGGAACUGGCAUCUUCUGGUUACCUCUUACCUGUCAUCGCUGAUGCUCAAGGUGCAGGCCCGGUGCACCACGCAGCAAGGUGUGGACGUCUGGAGUGCCUGCAGUUCCUGGUGAGCGAGGUUGGGCUGGCAGCUGACACUCGGGCCUUGAACAGAGCCACACCAGCACAUGAUGCAGCAGCUACUGGCCACAUCCAGGAGCUGCAGUGGCUGAUAGACCAGGGAGGCUGCAAUGUUGAGGAUAGGGAUGCCGCUGGUGCCACCGCGCUUCAUCUCGCAGCCCGGUUCGGUUGUGUGGAGGUCAUUAAGUGGCUGCUUUCUGUUGGAAGCGCAGCGGAGGUGGAGACAAACUGUGGAGCUGUACCUGCACACUAUGCUGCAGCCAAUGGGGACCUCACCUGUUUAAAACUACUGGUUCAGCAGGCACCUGGGUGUGUGAACCACCAGACUGUCAUCGGUGCCACCCCGCUUUACCUGGCCUGCCAGGAAGGCCACCUGCAUGUUGUCGAGUACCUUGUGAACAGCUCCGGGGCUGACGUCCACCUGAGGGCCCACGAUGGCAUGACCUGCCUGCACGCUGCUGCUCAUAUGGGCCACCAGACUGUGGUGAUGUGGCUGGUGAGCCAUACUGAUGUCAGCCUGUCAUGCCAGGACAGAGAAGGAGCGACUGCUCUGCACUUUGCCGCCAGCAGAGGGCACUAUUGUAUCUUGGAGAGGCUGCUUCAUAUGGGUUCAAAGGUCAUCAAGGAUUACUGGGGAGGGACCCCGCUUCAUGAUGCUGCAGAGAAUGGAGAGCUGGAGUGCUGUAAAAUCUUGUUGGCCUAUCAAGCAAAGCCUUCAGACCAAGACAUUGAUGGAUUCACUGCAACAGACCUGGCAGAGUACAAUGGACACCACGAAUGUGCCAGAUAUCUCUGUGCCAUGGAGAAAAAUAAAGCCUGUGCAGAUAAGCCCAUCGAGGUAAUCACACCAGUGGAAGAAGAAGUGAAGGUGAAGCCUGCUUUGUUGUCACAGUGCAGCAGGGAGGAUUACUACGGCAGCCUGAGCGACACAUGCGGGGACAGUUACAGCACUAACACACCCAUGGAUAGUUUAAAGCAACCUGAGAGUGAGGAGUCCCCGCAGGCAAGGUACCCUCAGCCCCCGUCUGCACCUCCUUUACCUUCUGCUUCAUCCACACCCACACAGCCAGAGAGAAGUGCCGUCAACAGGAUAGAGGAGGUUCACAUCGCAACAUCUGUUCUUAAAGGUUUCAAUCAAUCCAAGGCCACUGGGAGUGAAAAAACUGCCUCUGCUGAUAAAGUGAUGUUGCCUGAUGCAAACCUCCUGGCUGAAAGAAAACUCCUUGGUGACAUGAAGUCCAUUAAAUCCUUAAAACAAUCAGGAAUAUCAGGAGUCUUCACCGGACAAGCAAACAAGAUGGUGGUCCUGCCCACUGAGGAGGCCAACCUGUCGGACAUCGACUACCUGGUGCCCACUCACGAUGAGAGAGGCCGUCCCAUCGCUGAGUGGAAGAGGCAAGUCAUGGUGAGACAGCUGCAGGCCAGGCUACUGGAUGAGGAGGAUCAGAGGAGGAAGGAAAAUGGGAACAGAUAUGCCAAAGUCAGCUGGAGGUACUCCCAAGCCCACAAUGCAAUCCUGGGGCCCUCUGGUGAGCUGCUGACUGAGGAUGACCUCAUCUAUGUGGAGCAGCAGAUUGCCAACGUCUCCAUGCAGAGGAACUGUGAGGGCUACGAGCUGGAGCUCGCUCGUCUGGCUGAGGAGCUCCGGCACAUCCUGCCAGCCCCCAUAGUGAACAUCACCGCCAACACACAGUUCAGAAACUUCUCAAGUCAGGUUCCUCUACCUGUGUGGUGCGGUCGCAUCUCAGGCAUCGUGAAGAGCAUGUCUCUGCUCAUGACCAACCUGACGGACCAGCCCUACUGCAAGAUGCCCAACACCGAUCUGAUCACUGUGUUCUCUCAGACGCCACACAGACAGAACUCCACCAGGGGACGCAGGGAGAGGAUAGAGGAUGAAAUCCAUCAGUUCGGAGUGUCUGUGAGGACUCUGAAGUCUAAUUUUGAGACACAGAACUUACCUUUGUCAGAUGAGCCGGAGGAGGCUGUCGUGUUGAGUUCUUCCCCACAACUCGAGGCCACAGAGUCAGACAAACAGCCUAAAGUCUUGAGUCCGGCCCCAGAAACAGACCAGAACAGUGACUCUGGCAUCGACUAUGAUGAAAACGUUACAGAUGUCCUAGAGACCACCAGCCUCAGGAAGGAGCGUAUAGUCGUGUUGUUCUUAGGCCACUGGAAGAAGUCUGCCUACACUGUGACACUGAAGAGCAAAGAUGCAGCGGAGAGGAAGAUGAGCAGUGGAAGCUCGGGGAUGGGCGAUGACAAAUCUGUGGCAGAUCGCAGGAACAGUUUGGAGAUCGCCCAGUCGAAGAUGAUGAACAGCUCUCUGGGUCAUUUCUUCAAGCAGAGGAGUGCUGUCAACAAGAUGCUGGGAAACUGGAGGAGCAUGAUCUCCAGCGUCCCGUCCAGACAGAUUCGCAGGCUCCACAGGCAGAAAGCCCUCUACUCCCCGGAGCAGUUCCUACCUCGUCUGGAGGGUGUGUCGGUGGAGUACGACAACCUGACCCUGGAUCUCUUCAUGCUGGGCUACUUCCACAUCCUGGAGUUGGAGCUGCCUGUGGACGAACGCAAAAUGAGACACCUGCUCUGCUUCGAGGUGUUCGACCACGUGGGGAGCUUCCCCUGGGAGCUGGUCAGGGACUUCCACAAGGCCGUCAUACAAGACAUCGAGACUGGAAACCGUGAGUGGAAGGAUGGCUUUGAGGACAUUAAAGUGAAGUUCUUUGGAAACACUGUGAGUCAGUCUGAAAGCACUGUAGAGGUGGUGAAACAUACCCUCCCAGAGAUUAGACAGGUCCCUAAGGUAAUUGUGCAGACACCUACGCCGGAUGAGGGGAUGCUACACGGUGGAACUGACAUCUCCAGUUUUAGCAACGAAGAAAUCUGUAAAUACAUCGACCGUAGUUUUGCUUUUUGGAAAGAGAAGGAGGCAGAGAUUUUUGAUUUUGAGUAGUGUCAUCUUUUUGAUAUUUUUGUAUUGUUUGAUGUUAGAUUACAUUCGGGCUGGGUAUCAAACCUAAAUACUGUUUGAGUUGUGAAUUGAAUUGUUGUGGUGAAAGCUAGUGCAGAAUGCUUAGCCAGAUUCAUAGCCAUGUUUACAUAUUUGAUUUGAAUGAUUGUUUUGUAAAUUUUAUACUGUAUUUUAUUGUGUUAAACAUUAAACUCACUAAAAUUUGAAAAGGAUUUUUAUGUUUCUACAUAGCAAUAUUUUGUAGAUAUUUUUGGUACAGCUAUUAGAACUUAAGUAUCGAACUGGCGAUAGAAUUUGAACCAUACCCAGCCCUAUAACAAAAGCCAGAGUGUCUAAAGUGUUAGUGUGUGUUUCUGAGAGUAAAAACUGAUAAGAUUCACUGACAUUACAUCUUCUUUUCGAUUCUCACGUUUUCAAGGCAAUUUUAAUCAAACCGCACAUCUCUUAAAGGAACAUUUCACCGCAAAAUCAAAAUCCUAUUACCUGUAGUGCUCUUUAUCAGUCUAGAUUGUUUUGGUGUGUGUAGCUGAGUAUUGGAGAUAUCGGCUGGAGAGAUGUCUGCCUUCUCUCUAUUACAAUGGAACUAAAUGACACUCGGCUUGUGGUGCCAAAAGAACACAUUUGAAAAACUCAACAGCAAUGUCUCUUUCCAGAAACCAUGACCCGGUUUCUCAAGAUAAUCCACAGACCUUGUUGUGAGCAGUUUCUUGUACGAACUAUUUCCUUGGGAGCAGGAACAUAUUUUGACUAAGGGUUGCUACAUUGUGUAAAUGUGCAACCUGCACACUUACAGGAGCUACAGGAAAACUGCUCAGAUGUACUUACAUCAGCCAGGAGUCCAAUGGAUGUGUGCUCCCUCCCUCAGACACAAAUUCUCCCUGGACUGCAUGUGUACAUCCAGUUGUCUGCUCACCGAAGUCACUUACAACUCCUGGGGAAAUCAUAACGUUACAAUUGCUCGUUGUCUGCUCCAUCAUAAUCUGUCAUAAAACACAGUCCCGAUGGAUUUGCCCCCCUAAAAAGCAGCUCCAAAACUCCUCCUGUCCUGGCAACUUCCUGGUCUUUCUCAGCCUGUUUACACUAUUGAUUAGCUCCCACUAUCGCACCUUCCAGCACCCAUGCUUUCUAUGAAACUACACUCGCCAACCAUAUCACUGCACAAAAGGAAGCAUGCAUCUACUCGUGGACGAGAGGCUCAUACUGUAGGUAAACAUUUAUGGUGUCCUCCUCAGCUCAGCUGUAACAUUAGCUAGCUCGGUGGUGCUAGGUGGGCUAGCAGUAGAUGUACACUUCCUUCUGUGCAGUGAUACAAUUGGUGGGUGUAGUUUGAUAGAAAGAAAAAAGUUCCUACGUGAAACUCCUCAAAAACAAAGUUUGUGGAUUAUUUUGAGUGAUUUCUAGAAAGAGACAUCACUGCUGAUUUUGAGUUCAAAUGUAUGAUUUGUGUCGCUUUGAGCACCACAAGCUGAGUGACACCUACUGCAGUGGCUCCCAACUGGUCCGGCCAUGGGGUCCAGGUUUCUCCUUAGU